CUGGUCAUUUUGUACAUCCAACAAAUAAUAUAUCAAAAUGCCAGAGAUUCAGUUGGGAGGGCACACUAUUAAAUCCCAUGGAGCCAAGUUGGCAAGAGAGCAUAUGCAUGACUGGCUAAUUCUCCUGCUCCUUGUUGCCAUCGAUGGUUGUUUGAAUGCAGUAGAACCUUUUCAUCGAUAUGUCGGGGAAGGGAUGAUGACAGAUCUGAAAUACCCUUUCAAGACAGAUACUGUGCCUAUGUGGGCUGUUCCAAUCUUUGCAAUUCUUUUGCCCUGCACCAUAUUUCUGAUUUAUUAUAAUUACAGAAGGGAUGUCUAUGAUUUGCACCAUGCUGUAUUGGGUAUUCUAUACUCUGUCCUGGUAACUGCAGUUAUCACGGAUUCAAUUAAAGAUGCAGUCGGUCGGCCACGACCAAACUUCUUUUGGAGAUGUUUUCCCAAUGGAAUACCGGCAUUCAAUCCCCUUGAUGGCAAUGUUCUGUGCACUGGGGAGAAGAGAAUCAUAAAGGAAGGAUACAAAAGCUUCCCAAGUGGGCACACUUCAUGGUCCUUUGCUGGUCUUGGAUUCCUUGGGUGGUAUUUAUUAGGGAAAAUUCAAGUGUUUGAUCGUAGGGGCCAUGCUGCAAAAAUCUGUAUUGUUAUCCUCCCAUAUCUUUUUGCUGCACUCAUUGGAAUUUCUCGUGUGGAUGACUAUUGGCAUCAUUGGACAGAUGUAUUCGCUGGAGCCCUCAUAGGAUCGGCUGUUUCUACAUUAUGCUACUUGCAGUUCUUUCCAUUACCACAUCACGAAAAUGGUUGGGCACCUCAUGCAUUUUUCAGAAUGCUGGAAGAAAACGAUGUUCACCUCUCAAUAGCGAUGGAAACAUCUACGGUCACAAAAUCUAGUUCACAAAAUGCAACUGCAGAGCUAGAAACUUUGGAAUGUGGUAGGAAUUAA